CGAAAUGUAGCUAUUGGCAAUUUUGUUGAAGUUGGUGAGUUCUGUCGUUUAUUUAUAGUAGACAUCUAUGCCUGAAGAUAUCAAUGUUCAUUCCAAAGAAAUAAUAUAUCAGCUGAUUUCAAUCAGUAUGUUUAUUACAUGAAACUGGUGCGUUCGGUGAGAUUGUCGUUGAGAAUCAUCUCUCACACACACACACACACACACACACACACACACACACAUAUAUAUAUAUAUAUAUAUAUAUAUAUUCUGUUAACAGAAUGACUAUCGAAACGAAGUGAAGUUAUACAGUGUAACAGGCUUUAUGGUUACAUCAUGCUUUGUUUCAUAAUCUGAUUUUUGUGCUUAGGAACAAUGACGUUAAUGUUAGGUUUCUUGUUUAAGCUGUGGUUAUAGUAUGCGUACAUAUCGUUGAAUGGUGCUUAAAUAUUCAGGUGUUACCGUGUUGAUCGUGGGACUAAUGUUACAGAAUGUGAACAAAUGAUUUGUUUUGUGAAUAAAAUGCAAGGGAUUGAGGGAAACGGAACUCACAUUUAUGAGUGAAAUGUAUUCAUCCAACAAGAGAUGAAUAGAAAACAUACAGCAAGUGGCCGCAAUAUUGCGCGGCUCAUGAGGCAGCGAGAAAUUAAAGAUACCAUAAACUACAAACUCCAGCAGAAGGUGCAUGUAACAGAUGAUUUUGUCCAAAGGCUGGGUUUGGAGAAGGAACUUGAAGGGCAUAGUGGUUGUGUCAACUGCUUAGAGUGGAAUGAAACGGGAAGGACUCUUGCAUCUGCUUCAGAUGAUGUGCAGGUCAUCCUCUGGGAUCCUUUCUUGCAUAAGAAAAUCCACACUGUAUCAACUGGUCAUCAUGGGAAUAUAUUUUCAGUGAAGUUUUUGCCAAAAUCUGCUGAUGGAGUCCUGGUGACUGGUGCUGGGGACUGCCGAAUCAGAGUCCAUGAUGUGGGCUUGGGUGAAACAACGCAUGUGUGUAGUUGUCACACAGGUCGAGUUAAACGCCUUGCAACUGCUCCAAAUGUCCCCUACAUGUUCUGGAGUGCUGCUGAGGAUGGAACAAUAAUGCAAUUUGAUCUUCGAACACCACAUUCAUGUUCCAGAGAAGUCAACAAUGUACUGGUGAAUCUGCUGACCCAUUUGGGUCGAUAUGCUGAAGCAAAAUGUCUCGCCAUUAAUCCUCAGCGUCCUGAGUUGCUUGCUGUUGGAGCAAAUGACCCGUACAUCAGACUUUAUGACCGGCGGAUGAUAAAACCUACCACUGUAGAGUAUCCACCAGACAAUGUGCCUCGCUCCAAUUGGGAGCGCCAAAACUACAUGGCCUCUCGAGCUGGAGAAGGAGAGUUGGAAGAUAACCUACCCCAUGGCUGUGUUCAGUAUUAUGUUGCAGGGCAUCUUCCAGUGAAACAACAGGACUACCGGAAGAAGUACAGGAACCUUGCCUCAACUUAUUUAACGUUCAGUGCAGAUGGCAAUGAGUUGCUGGUCAAUUUAGGGGGAGAGCAGAUAUAUUUGUUUGACAUAAACAACAAGCGGAAACCAAAGAAAUUUGACAUUCAGGCCAUUAAUUUUGACAGCCUGAGAACAUUUAAAGAGCAUUGUGGUUCAUCAAAUGGCUAUAGUAAUGGCUUCCGAAAUGGUACCAAUGGGUUUGCAGCUAGUUCAAAUGGUGUUACUCGAAGCACCAAUGGGAUAACGUCCAUAUUUCCGUCAUCUCCAACCAAUGAAAGAAAGUGUGAAAUUGAAACACCCUCACUGCCAUUCAGAAUUGAAGCUUUGAAAUUAAGCGCAAAUGAUGCAUUUGAGAGGCAACAUUUCACAUUAGCCAUCAGUUUAUAUAAUAAAGCAAUUGGUUACUGCCCGUCAGCAGCUGUUCUGUAUGGAAACCGGGCUGCAGCAUACAUGAAGAGGGGCUGGGAUGGUGAUGUAUAUGCAGCUAUGCGGGACUGUCACACAGCACUUCAGCUGGACCCUGACCACAUGAAAGCUCAUUUCAGACUGGCCAGGUGCCUGUACGAGCUGCAGUGGGUCCAGGAAGCUUCUGACUGUAUGCAGGCCUUCAAGAGCAAGUUCCCAGACCAUGUUCACAGUCAUGCAUGCAAAGCUCUUGUCAAAGAUAUUGAAACAGCUAGUGCCUCAAAACCCGAUUUUGAUGUGGACAGUGAGGACAUGGAGCCUAGUGCUGAGCCGUCAGACCAGUUCAAGAGUAACGCUGCAAACCGUUGCUCGAUGUCACAGCAGGAACGAGCAUGGAGAGAAGUGGCCUAUGACUAUGAGAUACGGUUUUGUGGCCAUUGUAACACCACCACUGAUAUCAAAGAAGCAAAUUUCUUUGGAAGUCAGGGCCAGUACAUUGUCGCAGGCUCUGAUGAUGGCUCCUUCUUUAUCUGGGAUCGUCACACCACAAACAUCAUGCGUGUCCUCCGUGGCGAUGAGUCCAUAGUGAACUGCCUGCAGCCUCACCCAUCAUACUGCUUGCUUGCCACGAGUGGUAUAGAUCCAGUUGUCAGAUUAUGGAGUCCAAGACCUGAGGAUGGAUCCAAGAAUGACAGAGAAGUUAUUGACUUGGAUGAUGCUGCUUCAGCUAACCAGAAACGAAUGAAUGCCGAUCCAUUUGAAGUGAUGCUGAUGAACAUGGGUUAUCGCAUCACAGCUGUGCAAGGGGAUGAAGGAGACGGAGGGGAUGAGGGUGCGAGGGAAGCCCCAGCCAUCAACUGCAGGCCCAGUUAGCUGAACCACAGCUGUGCAAGGGGAUGAACACAUUCUUUUAUAAGUUAUGGUUCUUUUUAUUGAAGGAGAGGAAGCCUGAGAUACAGACAGAAGAUUGAAUUGAAAAUCUAUAUGUAUAAUGAACCAUUUAAACAUUAAUGUCUGCCCCAGGCUUUCCCUCAUUCCUGUGCUCAUUUUCAUUUUGUUGCUCAUAGCGUUUCCCAUCUCAGAAUAUUGUUUGAGGAAGUUUCCUCUUCUUUAAGUAUUUAUUUGUAGGAACACAAUACAAUUUCUAAACUUUGUAUUUAACUUUGUUACCAGAGAUAUGCAAUUUCAGAUAGCUUCACAUUAAGCUGUGUUCUGCUGUGGAACUUGGGACAAAAAUUGUCCCGUCUCCUUUAAUGUUUCUGUAUUUAUUUGAAAUUAGUUUAUACAUUAGCACUGUUUAGUGUAAAGGUUAUGUAAUUUUAUUUGCUUCAUAAACUCAUACAAGUACCUCAUUUAGCCAUCUUUUCCUUGUGAAAGGUUUUAUUUGUAAAGUAAGUGAUAAUGCUGAAUAAGUGAAUUUUACAUGAUAAGGAUGUAGGGAUAGUCCACUGAAGCUUGUUUGUGCUCUUUUGUCUUGUUACAGACUUCAAAAUUAUCUAGGAAAAGUGAUUUUUAAAAUCCCACCCCCUGAAUAAUUAUUAAUAGCACGUAUGAAAAGCUGCUGUAAAUACUGUAUUGUUUCCACAUUUAGUGAAAUUAAAUAAAAAUAUGUUUACAGAAUA